CGAAAUAAAAAAAAUGGUCUAGAUGAGGAUAGCAAGAUUUUACUUAAUCGUUUACGGAAUGUUGAAAAAGAUACUCGUUUAGGAGAUGAAAGAAUUGGAGUAGUCAGCAAAGAGAUUAUGCUAAAAGUUAAAAUUAGUGUUGGAUUUGGAGGAUUAGUUAGCAAUUCUUAUAUCCAGACAGGGAACUUGAAAAAUUUGAACUGA